AGAAGAUGCAAAAAAAAAAAGUCGGGCAGUUCACAAUGCAGCUGGUGUCAUAUUUCUAACCAACAAGGCAAUGGCGAGGAAAAAGGCUAUUUUAAUGAGCCAUUCACAAGUCAGGAGGUGGAAGGAGAAGUGAAUAGAGCUUGGCCACCAGCUGCCGGCACUCCUAGCCACCAAGAGCUCUUUCAGGUUUGACAGAAAAACUAAAGAAUAAACCAUGUCUGACGAAGAAAAUCAAAAAUCCCUGCUUCCAGAAAGUUACUUCUGAAGACUCUUAUGCUACAAAAGGCUACUGAAGAGUUGGAAAAAGAGAAGAGAGACGCAGAUGAGGAGAAGUCGAGGAUUCUUGAAGCGAAUGUUCCAUCUUUACAAAUUGCUGGGCUUUCCCUCCAGCAGCUGCAGGAACUGUGCACAAAACUACACAAACAAAUUGAUUCUGUAGAUGAGGAACGUUAUGACAUUGAGUUAAAAGUAAAAAAGCACGACAUAGAGAUUGAUGGUUUGACUCAAAAGAUUUUUGACAUGAAAGGCAAAUUCAAGAGGCCUAACUUGAAAAGAGUGCGUAUAUCGGCAGAUGCCAUGCUUAAAGCCCUCCUGGGUACAACACACAAGGUUUCCGUAGAUCUAAGAGCCAACCUGAAAUCUGUAAGAAAGGAAGAUGAGAAGGAAAAGGCAGUUGAAGUUACGGAUUGGCGUAAAAACAUUGAAGCCAUGUCUGGCAUGGAGGGCAGAAAGAAGAAAUUUGACACCAGCAAUGCUUAAAACUAAGAUGCGGACGGCGUUCCUUAGGAGUUGCAACAUUUUAUAGAAAUUCUGGCUGUUAUGUAAAAAUGGAUACAAGAGAACAUAAGCACCAUAACUGAUCUGAUUGCUGGCAAGACCAGAAGUGGCGUUUUUACAUUGCAAUUUUUAAAAAAGCUCCAUUGGGCAUAAAUACCCAUAAACUGCACUACCACUGAAACUAAUGGAAAACACACUAUGGCAAUUCUCAUAGGGCACUUACAAGCCGAAAUCUGCCAUGGGACGCCAGUAUUGGUGUUUUUUAGCAGAAACGACACUACGUCAAGAAACUACCAAAUCGAUAGACUCUAUGGGAUCUGCACGUUUGAACCCACACUUUCCGUAAAUACGCAGCGUAGUUUAAAUAUGGCCUCCAAAUUCUCACGAGAAAAAUGACGCAUAUACAUUUUUACAGCGUAUUAGGCCUGUGACGUAAUUACGUUGCGUAUUGACUGCUCCAUUUUGCAUGUCAAUAGCUUUUCUAUUUUUAAAUAGCUAUUUCUAGCCAAAUUUCUAGCCAGCGGAAUUAUGGGGAACGAGAACGAUGAGAAUUGUAUGUUGGGAAAAGAAACCUAUGUGCUGGAAAACGCAUGAAAAGGUUGAUGGUUGCGUGUUGUUUCAGUGGCGCCCGACCGAGCUUUUUUAAAAACACAACAUAAAAAUGCCACGCCUAGCCUUGCCCUUAAGUCCCUUUAAUAUGUAAAAAAUGUAUAAUGUUCUUUAUCAAACAAAAAUUAUAGCACCUAUAACUGAGCAACCACCUGGGUUAUAGGAUAUUGUACGCAACUCAAGCCGGACAUCCCAAGUCAAAGGCUCAUGGCACAGGGGCACCUCAAUUCUCAGCCGGUAGAGAAGAGCUCAAAUCUGAUUGGGCGGCCUGUCACUUGCAUGAAUUCACACCACCACCGACAAAAAAUAUGUCUUAUGUGCCAUGAUCCCAAGAGAUGAUGCCUUGGAAGUAUAAAUAGAUUGAAAGCCUGAGACUCAUCAGAGAUUUAUAUUCUUUAUUCUGAAAAAAUUAAAAUCACAGUGAAAAAUG